ACUAAAACCUUGGCUUUGCACACAGCCCCUCCCUUAGCCCACCUCCCCUCUAGGAGUCCCGGGGAGGCCUUGGUGCAGGGCGCGACGGGGUGAGGCGCCUCAGUGGCAAAAGCGCUCUCGGCUGCCUGGGAUGUCUGAAAAGGACUCUUGAGAGGAGACGACUUUUGUAUUGGCCCGCGGAGCUUCAAGAUGGUUCUUGCUAAGAGUUGGAUCCUAAAGAAGCACUUUGAAGGUUACCCUAUUAAAAGUAACUUUGAGUUGAAGACAAUUGAACUCCCACCCUUAAAAAAUGGAGAGGUCCUGCUGGAAGCUUUGUUCCUCACUGUGGAUCCUUACAUGAGACUGGCGGCCAAAAGACUGAAGGAAGGUGAUAUGAUGAUGGGGCAGCAGGUGGCCAGAGUUGUGGAAAGUAAAAACUCAGCCUUACCAACAGGCACGAUCGUAGUGGCUUCUUCAGGCUGGACAACGCACUCCAUUUCUGAUGGGAAAGAACUGGAAAAGCUGCCUACAGAGUGGCCAGACACAUUACCGGUAUCUUUGGCUCUGGGAACAAUUGGCAUGCCAGGCCUAACGGCCUACUUUGGCCUACUCAACAUCUGUGCUGUGAAGGGUGGAGAAACACUGAUGGUUAAUGCUGCAGCAGGAGCCGUGGGCUCUGUUGUGGGGCAGAUUGCUAAGCUCAAGGGCUGCAAAGUUGUUGGAGCUGCGGGGUCUGACGAAAAGAUUGCCUAUCUUAAGAAACUUGGAUUUGAUGUUGCCUUUAACUACAAAACAACAGAGUCUUUGGAAGGAACUUUGAAGAAAGCCUCUCCUGAUGGUUAUGAUUGUUAUUUUGAUAAUGUGGGUGGAGAGUUUUCAAACACCGUUAUCCCCCAGAUGAAGAAAUUCGGAAGAAUUGCUGUGUGUGGGGCCAUCUCGGUAUAUAACAGAACUGGCCCACCUCCCCCAGGCCCACCCCCAGAGAUUGUAAUCUAUCAGGAACUCCACAUGGAAGGGUUCAUCGUCUACCGCUGGCAAGGCGAAGAACGCCAGAAGGCUCUCAAGGACUUGAUGAAAUGGGUCUUAGAGGGUAAGAUCCAGUACCAUGAAUACAUCACUGAAGGAUUUGAAAACAUGCCAGCUGCAUUUAUGGGAAUGCUAAAAGGAGAUAAUUUGGGGAAAGCAAUAGUGAAAGUGUGAAAAAAAUGACACAUGGAAUCUAGAAAUCAUUUGAUUACCUACUUUCUUUUUAACCAUUUAGUAAAACUGUAUACUGUUUUCAUUUUCUGAGAAAAAGUAAUUGAAAUUAGUUUGAUCUACCUAUUAAAAUACAUUUAAGUGGUAUGUAAUUAGCAACAGAGAAUGAAAUUUUCAUAGAGAACAGCCAGUCACCUCAAUGUCUACUACAGCUCCUUCUGGGUUAUGGUAGAAAAUAACAGCUUUAGAGUCCAGAAGUUAACUGCCUCUGUGAACUUGGAUCUCUGCUUUUUCAUCUAGUAAGUGAGGAUAGUAGCAUCUGCUUCAUACACAUAUUAUACAUUUUUUAAAACACUAGCAUAACUAUAAUUUGCAAUUACAAUAUAGGUAGAUCAUGGGGAAGGCAGUACAACAUGAAGACAAGUAGUGACUCUACAGCAUCUUACUAUGCUGACAGUGACCGCAAUAGUGGGGGUGAGGACUUGAUAAAAUGGGUGAAUGUUGAAACCACUGUGUUGUUUAUGUGAAACUAUCAUAACUGUAUAUCAAUGAUACUUUAAUAAAAAAAUAAAAAUUAAAAAAGGACACAAAACAAACAACAACAAAAAUAAAACAAAGCACACCAGCAUAAUGCCUGGCAUAUAUUAGGCAUUCAGUGUUGGCUCCCUCCCUGUAGAAAUCAGUGAAUUUGAAGUCCUAAGAUCACCACACCUUCUGCUUAUGAUUACACAAAAAGAAAUAACCAUUGCUAAUGUAGAUGGGUCUUGAGACAGCCCACAGCGGUCCUCUGCAGGUGAGUCUAGUAACACAACAGACCAAGGAAGGAAUCUAUCGUUCACAACAGCUACGAAAAGAGAACACAUGGUUAUAAACCUACAAAAUACGUGAGGUUUAUAGGAAGGAAGUUUCAAAACAUUACUGAGACUUGAAUAUAUGGAAAGGUACCAGACUCUUGGACAGGAAGAUUCAGAAUAAUAAAGAUGUCAAUUCUGUUGAUCAAAUCCGUUGCCAAGUAGAGGAGGGGUUAAUUGUAGUACAGUGACAAAAUGGGAGAAAAAAAAGCAUGUGUGUAAAACCUCUGGAAAGAUAAUAAGAAAACUACUGACUACAGUGAUGUGUCUCAGGGAAGAGAACACCACUGCCCAAAAGAGGGACGAGAAAAACGUCACACUGUAUACUUCUGUACUUUUUGAAUUCCGAAUUUUCAAAUUAUUCACUAUUACAAAUACAUUAAAAAAAUAAAA